GCUACUCUGAGCCCUAGGCUGUCUUCCUUUUCUCUCCCCUCCUCUUUCUGUCCCCGGACCCCGCCCAUCGCUCCCCUCCUGGAACCACAUCUCCCAGAAGGCCUGGCGCCCCACGCCGCAUGCGCAGUGACGGGCCUGCUCGCUCUCGCUGAGGGAGAAAGACGCAAGCAGCCGCGGGGUCUCGGUGGAGCGGCGGCGGCGGCACAUGCAGAGUGAGUACUGUGUAGUCCUCUCACCCUCAAAGAUGGUGAAGCUGGAUAUUCACACUCUGGCUCAUCACCUCAAGCAGGAACGACUCUAUGUAAACUCAGAAAAGCAACUUAUUCAGAGAUUAAAUGCAGAUGUAUUGAAGACAGCUGAGAAACUGUACCACACAGCCUGGAUUUCCAAGCAGCAAAGGAUUAACUUGGACAGACUUAUCAUAACAAGUGCUGAAGCUUCUCCUGCUGAAUGCUGCCAGCAUGCCAAAGUCUUGGAGGACACACAGUUUGUUGAUGGGUACAAGCAGUUGGGAUUUCAAGAGACUGCUUAUGGAGAAUUCCUCAACAGAUUGAGAGAGAACCCUAGGCUUAUUGCUUCCUCUCUGGUUGCUGGAGAGAAACUCAACCAGGACAACACACACAGUGUCAUUCACACGGUCUUUACUUCCAUCUAUGGCAAUUGCAUCAUGCAGGAAGAUGAGAGCUACCUCCUUCAAGUUUUGCGUUACUUGAUAGAAUUUGAACUGAAGGAAAGCGACAAUCCCAGACGGCUUUUGAGGAGAGGUACCUGUGCAUUCAGCAUUUUAUUCAAACUUUUUUCUGAGGGACUCUUUUCUGCAAAACUCUUCCUUACUGCAACAUUGCAUGAGCCAAUCAUGCAGCUGCUGGUGGAAGAUGAAGACCACCUAGAAACAGAUGCAAACAAAUUGAUCGAGAGGUUCUCUCCCGCACAACAGGAAAAACUCUUUGGGGAGAAAGGCACAGAAAGAUUCAAACAAAAAGUCCAAGAAAUGGUGGAUUCCAAUGAGGCUAAGUUAGUGGCUUUGGUGAACAAAUUCAUUGGUUAUCUCAAGCAGAACACAUACUGCUUUCCGCAUAGCUUGCGAUGGAUUUUAUCACAAAUGUACAAAACACUCUCCUGCGUAGACCGGCUGGAGGUUGGGGAGGUGCGAGCAAUGUGCACGGACCUCCUGCUUGCAUGUUUCAUUUGUCCUGCAGUUGUCAACCCAGAACAGUACGGAAUAAUUUCCGAUGCCCCAAUAAAUGAGGUGGCAAGAUUUAAUCUGAUGCAGGUCGGGAGACUUUUGCAGCAGUUGGCAAUGACGGGCUCUGAAGAGGGAGAUCCACACAUGAAGAGCAACCUUGGCAAAUUCGACAAAAGCUGUGUUGCUGCAUUCCUGGAUGUUGUUAUUAGUGGGCGCGCUGUGGAAACCCCUCCGAUGUCCUCAGUUAACCUUCUAGAAGGAUUGAGUAGGACUGUGGUUUAUAUGACAUACAGCCAACUUACUAAUCUGGUUGGUUUUAUGCGAAAUGUAAUGUCAAGUGACCAACUGAAGGAAGAUCGGAUGGCUCUGGAAAACUUGUUGGCAAACUUACCCCAGAACAAACCCGGGAAAAGUAGCAGCCUUGAAAUGACUCCUUAUAAUACUCCACAACUCUCCCCUGCAACAACCCCAGCCAACAAAAAAAAUCGACUGCCUAUAGCUACCCGUAGCAGAAAUAGAUCAAAUAUUCCAAUGGACCAACAUGGAGACCAUGAAGGAUCCUCCCAGGAUUCUAUACAGGAAGUUCAGCCAGAAGAAGUACUGGUUAUUUCUUUGGGAACAGGUCCGCAGCUUACUCCGGGUAUGAUGUCAGAAAAUGAGGUCUUAAACAUGCAGCUUGCCGAUGGAGGACAAGGAGAUGUCCCUGUUGAUGAAACCAAACUCCAUGGUAAACCUGAUAAAACCUUGCGCUUUUCCCUCUGCAGCGAUAAUCUGGAAGGAAUAUCUGAAGGUCCUUCAAAUCGCUCCAAUUCUGUGUCCUCUUUGGAUUUAGAAGGAGAGUCUGUGUCAGAGCUUGGUGCAGGGCCUUCUGGGAGCAAUGGUGUUGAAGCCCUGCAGCUGUUAGAACAUGAACAAGCUACGACUCAGGAUAAUCUUGAUGACAAGCUCCGUAAAUUUGAAAUUCGUGAUAUGAUGGGAUUGACUGAUGAUAGGGACAUAUCAGAAACUGUGAGUGAGACCUGGAGUACAGAUGUCUUGGGCAGUGACUUCGAUCCAAAUAUUGAUGAAGACCGUUUGCAAGAAAUUGCAGGUGCAGCUGCAGAGAACAUGCUUGGCAGCUUGCUGUGUUUGCCUGGUUCAGGAUCUGUGCUGCUCGACCCCUGCACAGGGUCAACCAUAUCCGAAACCACCAGUGAAGCUUGGAGUGUGGAGGUAUUGCCAAGUGAUUCAGAGGCCCCAGAUCUAAAGCAGGAGGAAAGACUGCAGGAGCUGGAAAGCUGUUCUGGACUGGGCAGCACCUCUGAUGACACAGAUGUGAGGGAGGUCAGUUCUCGUCCCAGUACACCAGGCCUCAGCGUCGUGUCAGGUAUUAGUGCAACCUCUGAGGAUAUUCCUAAUAAGAUCGAGGAUCUUAGGUCUGAGUGUAGCUCUGACUUUGGAGGGAAAGAUUCUGUGACAAGUCCUGAUAUGGAUGAAACAGUUCAUGGAGCCAGUCAGUUGACUUCUCCCCCUUCUCAGUCGGACUCUUUGCUUGCAUUGUUUGACCCUUUGUCAUCACACGAAGGUGUAUCAGCAGUGGUUCGGCCUAAAGUGCACUAUGCAAGACCUGCUCAUCCGCCACCAGAUCCCCCAAUCUUGGAAGGAGCUAUGGGAGGUAAUGAGGCCAGAUUACCAAAUUUUGGCUCCCACAUCUUCAUCCCAGCCGAUUUGGAAGCGUUCAAACAAAGGCAUUCCUACCCAGAAAGACUGGUCCGCAGCAGAAGCUCUGACAUAGUGUCAUCAGUUCGGAGACCUAUGAGUGACCCUGGCUGGAACAGGCGGCCUGGUAAUGAAGAAAGGGAGCUUCCUACACAAACACCCAACAUUGGGGCAGCUGCUUCGGUGGCUGCGCCUCAGUCCUCUUCAUCAUCCCCCAGUAAAGACUCCUCUAGAGGAGAGAUUGAGGAACGAAAAGAUAGUGAUGAUGAGAAAUCUGACAGGAACAAACCCUGGUGGAGAAAGCGUUUCGUUUCUGCCAUGCCCAAAGCUCCCAUACCAUUUAGAAAAAAAGAAAAACAAGAAAAAGACAAAGAUGACUUUAUGUCUGAGAGAUUCUCAACACUUCAAGAUGAUCCCAAUCCCAGGCUAAGUGCCCAGGCACAGGCUGCAGAGGAUAUCCUGGACAAAUAUAGGAAUGCUAUUAAGCGAACCAGCCCAAGUGAAGGAGCUAUAGUAAAUUAUGAAAGUGCAGAGGUAAUUGGAGAUGGUGAAAGUAUACACGACUCUCCACGUGAUGAAGCCCUGCAGAAUAUGUCAGCUGAUGACCUCCCAGAUUCUGCAAGUCAAGUAGCACAGCCACAAGACUCUGCCUUCUCUUACAGGGAUGCAAAGAAGAAACUGAGACUGGCUCUUUGUUCAGCAGAUUCUAUUGCCUUCCCAAUGUUGUCCCAUUCGACAAGAAAUGGCCUACCAGAUCACACCGACCCUGAAGACAACGAAAUUGUGUGCUUCCUGAAAGUUCAGUUAGCUGAAGCUAUUAACCUACAAGAUAAGAAUUUGAUGGCCCAACUGCAGGAGACAAUGCGCUGUGUAAGCCGCUUUGAUAACCGGACAUGUCGAAAGCUGCUGGCCUCCAUUGCAGAGGAUUAUAGGAAAAGGGCUCCAUAUAUUGCUUAUUUAACUCGGUGUCGCCAAGGCCUGCAGACCACACACGCCCAUCUGGAAAGGCUCCUGCAGAGGGUUCUACGUGAUAAGGAAGUGGCCAACAGAUAUUUCACCACAGUUUGUGUGAGGUUACUUCUGGAAAGCAAAGAAAAAAAGAUAAGGGAAUUCAUUCAAGAUUUCCAGAAACUCACUGCAGCAGAUGAUAAAACAGCCCAAGUAGAAGACUUUCUUCAGUUUUUAUAUGGGGCCAUGGCCCAGGAUGUCAUUUGGCAAAAUGCCAGUGAAGAGCAACUCCAGGAUGCACAGCUAGCCAUAGAACGCAGUGUGAUGAAUCGCAUUUUCAAACUCUCAUUCUACCCUAAUCAGGAUGGAGACAUUUUGCGUGACCAAGUCCUUCAUGAGCAUAUCCAAAGGUUGUCUAAGGUAGUGACUGCAAACCACCGAGCCCUUCAGAUACCAGAGGUGUAUCUCCGGGAGGCACCAUGGCCAUCUGCACAGUCCGAAAUCCGCACAAUCAGCGCUUACAAAACCCCACGGGACAAAGUGCAGUGUAUUCUGCGAAUGUGUUCAACCAUCAUGAACCUGCUGAGUUUGGCCAAUGAAGAUUCAGUCCCUGGGGCAGAUGACUUUGUUCCUGUUUUGGUGUUUGUUCUGAUAAAGGCAAACCCGCCCUGCUUGUUGUCCACUGUUCAGUACAUUAGUAGCUUCUAUGCUAACUGUUUAACUGGAGAAGAAUCUUACUGGUGGAUGCAGUUCACAGCAGCAGUUGAAUUUAUUAAAACCAUUGAUGAUCGCAAGUGACCCAAAAGGGCACCUUUGUAGACAGACUGUUAGCAGCAGAGAGCCUGUAAGAAUGUAUAUCAACUGUUUCAAAGGCUGAAGAAAUACUUUCCUUGUAUAAUAAUUGUACAAAGUGGAAGCAUUUAAAAAAUUUUUUACUAAUCAGAUUAAUUAAUUUAACAGGUUUUCUUUCCUCUCUGUUUUGGUUGCAUCUUUUCCCCCCGAUAGAGAUUAGCACGGGAAAAAGGGACCACAUUUUUCAGGUAUUGUGGAUUCUCAAAAUCAUUUAGGAAACUCUACUGUCACUGCCCCUUUCACACAGACACUAUUUUUCCCUUAGACUUCUGUUGAUGUAAAUUCAUUCAUUUUUCUUUGUUUCCAACCAAAAAGAUCGUGGCAAGCACUUUUAAGAGCCUUUCUAGCUUAAUACACCUUUUGUAAAAAAAAAAACAAAAAAAAAACAAAAAAAACCAAAAAACCACCAGCUGCACUGAAAAUUUGUAGCAGUUGACAUAAUUAUAAAUUGUACUUCACCUAUGGUAAAAUUAAAACCUGAGGACAAUGUAAAUAUAUUAUAUAAUAUUUAAUAAAUUGCAGUCAUCUUUGGACUCAUUAUCUUGUCAACCAGCAAACAAGCAGUUUCUCUCUCCUACAGCAGGUUGUGACAUACCGUAUUGGGUAAUGAGAUGACUUCCUCAAUAGGAUAAGUUUAAAAAGGGCAAACCUAAAUAUUUAUUAAAAUUUUAAUAAAGUUUACAGAACUUUCUGAAACUGGAAUUUACAAUUCACAGGGCUCUCACUUGAAAGUUUAAAAUUUUUGGCUCGGGAAUUAGAGCGUUUUAAAUAAAUAGUUUGGAUUUAUAGAGGAGAGGGGCUAUAAGUUUCAAUAGAUAAGUUCUAAUAUAAAAAGGAAUAGUAUAUACCUUAUUGUAAUAUUUUUCAUCUGAAAUACUGUGUAUACUGUACAAACCCCAAACAGAAUUCCUUACAGAACCUGAAAUUGUAAUAUAUAUUUUGAUUAUUCACAUUAAAUACACAUGCCAGGGGUUUCAGUGAAUGUUUUUUUACUAUGUGUUCUUUGUAUCUUCUUCUCUAGCAGUGCAGGUUUUACUAUUCAUAUAAAAUAUUUUAAAGUACCACAUUGUCCUUUAUAAAACACGUCAUGAAAUUAGUUCAGGGAAUCUUUGCAGAUGUCUCAACCCUCUCCCUUUUGACACUUGACAAUUACGAGAAGAGCAGUGCGCUUCCUUGACGAGUGAAAUAGUAGCGUUCCCAUAGCUGGCCCAAGCCAUUUCUUAUACGCGUGAGAGUGGUCACUGGCCUUUGUCAUUGUAGAGCUAUCUAAAAAAAGGACUGCGAUCAAUAUAUUUUUUUAAAAGGCACACUGCUUAACCCCUUGAUGCCAGCAUUACUCCUUGCUCUCUCCUCUUCCUACCAGUGCCCAUCACUUUCCUGGCAAUGAGGUGAGCCAGAUUUGCUGGCUUUGAGCAGUAAAAGAAAUGACAUAAUUUGCAUCCCUUCUUUAAAUAGAAGAACCAUUUAUAUUUCUAAACGCUGCUCAAAAAUGGGUUGAAGAUUUUUUUUGUGUACUUAAAAAGGCCAACAUACCACAUGUUAGAGGCCACAUGAGCUGUUUAAAAAGGGAAUUCAUAAAAAUCUAAGUAACUAUUACUUCUGAAAGUCAUUAACUGAAAUUAGAAUGAUCUAUGUACAGUAUUAAGUGAUUGAGAUGUGAUUGUGUUACCCGUCUAGGCAUAAUUCAGUGAAAGAAACCUUUGUUUUCAAGGACUUAAUCGUUAAUGUGUAAUUCAGUAUAUCAUUUUAUCAUGUUAAAUAAAUCAUGGGGAUUCAAGUGAGAUGGUAUUUUUUUUUUAAGUUUUUGUUUAUAGUCUUUCUCCUCUAUUAUAGACUUACAGGGUACAGCAAUACUUUCUAGUAGCAAUGGAGUUGCUGUAGUCUGCUUUACUGCGAUCUUGAGUCUGAAUGGCAUUGUAAUACUCUAGUUGUGUAGUCGUCAUGGUUUUUUGGUGCUAAUAUAUUGCAUUCACAGCCCUGACCAAUAACAUUCAGCAGCAAAGCACAAUAUUGCCCUUUAAGAGAGAGCCAGAAUUACAUCUAAAAGCAAUGUACAUUUGUUAUACCACAAUUCAGAAGCGUUCUGUUGUGUUAAAUUAUCACUUAGUAUUUGCUGUGUUGAUAUCAAACUACUGACGUACCCUUAAUUCUGCAGUUUUUGGUUUUAGUAACAGAGAAUAUUUGGUCUCUAAAACCUGUCUUAUUCUAAACUGUUUUCUUAUUUAACAUAUAAGCUCUCUAAGGAGGAGCAAAUGAUAGUCAAUGAUUAUCAUGCAUCUUACCUUUUAUUAUGAGCUGACUGGACACAAAAAGGAGUUGAUCGGCUUAAUUGGGUCUUCAGGAUUUAUUCUCUUUACUGGAAAGUUUUUUCUCCUGGCAAAAACCAUUUUCUUCACAUUUAUAUCACUUCACUGCUUUUCUUUAUAGAAAAGUUAUUGAAGAACUUGAACAAUUUUUUAAAUAAAAUUAUUUUAAAAAUGUUUAAUAUUUGUAUACGCCCCAAUGUAGGUGAGAAUCUUCACAGCAGGAUGGUCCUUUGCUUCUUUUUUAACCUGCUAUAAAAGCCUUUUAUACAAUGUUAUAAAUGUAGUAAAAGAAUUUGGCUUUCCAAAGAAUUAGGAAUCUUAUGGUAAUGUAUGUCUCUCUAUUUUUUCCUAGUGUCCUGAUUUUGUUUUAAAAUGUUAAAUUAUAUGUAAAGGAAGAUGACUUUAAGUUUUCUGUUGUGCAAUAGUAAGAAAAUAAAGAGGAAAAGCACAUUAAGGACCAAACAAUAAAAGAAUUGUUUUGCCAAAAGGCUACAGCCAGCCAUGCGCACACAUUGCAUUGAAUCAGUACUCAUGACUUCAGUGCUUGCUGUUAGAAUUACUUCAGCCCUUUAACGGUGAACUGAAAAAUGUUUUGUGAGUUGAGGAGUGGAGGUUAUUAAUAGCAGAUCAUAUAUGCAGACUCAAGGCCCAAUUAUUGAAGUUCAUGGUGCUGCUGUAUGAGUAAGGAGUACUCACCUAUCUGUGAUUUCAUAUGAUUGGGCCCAUACAUGUUACAAAAGCAUUAUUUUUCUUUGUUGGGAUGGGGAGCAGGAAGGAAGAGGCUUGGUUCGCUCUUCUGCAGGGGAAUCCCCUUUUACUUCUAACCCCUGAUUAUUUAUCUUUUUUAAAGCUUGUUCUUUAAGAAGAAUUGCAAUGUAUGGCCUAUUUUUAUUUUUAUUUUUUGGUACUACCAAAUACUGAAUGUAACUGCCAUAAAUUUUAGGAAGAAGCCACAAACACAAUCCUCUUUACUGUAGGUGAGUUUGUGGGGCGCACUAAGUGUUGCAUCAGAUUGUUUGUUUGAAAAUGCUGAUGUUCUAUGAAGCCAAAUUCUAGCAGAAAUUUGCAAUUUCAUUGCCAUGUUAAUGCUGAAUAGUUUGUAGAGGGAAAUUAGUAGGUAAGAAAGGGGAAGCAGUCAAGAGCAGUCCCACUUCUUAAAGCUGCAUGAAAGUGAAGCGCAUUUGUCUAAAAAGUCCUAAUAAUUUAUGAGGCAUAUAAAUAAAGCAGCCUUAGGCUAGCUGUGUGGCAGGAGAUCUGGAGCAGUAGAAAAAAUAGUGGACUGUUGGGAAGGGAAAGUACUCCUUUUAUUUGGGUAACAGCUGAUAGCUUGGUUGAGCCUGUACUACUUGAGAAUUAAUCGCCGAGUUACUAUUGUGUGUUCUGUACCUUUAAUUGUGCUUCACCUCUAUUUAAAAGCUUUGUACUGCCUCUCUUGAAACUGGUAAAGCCUUUAAAAAUUUAAAUUAAUGAGCUUGCACAAUCUUGUAUACAGGAAACCCAUCUUGUCUCUACUGUGAUUAUUAAUGUAUUAUAUCAUUCUGUAAAAACCGAUUAAAAAGGAGAGCAGUUUAACUGUGA